UAUGCAUUGGUCUUGCUUUGUUUGUAAUUUCAGUUUGAUUAUCUGGGGUUUGAGGGGUUCCAUAUGUUUUUCAUAGAGAUUGAAUAGUUUCUGAAAAUGGGUUGGUCAAAGAAUUUUAAAAAAUGGAGUGUUUGAGCUGAAAGACUGGAUUAUAAUGAAUGUUUGAGCUGAAUAGACAUCGUUUUGGAUUUGAGUUCUCUGUAAUUAGUUAUUGUAAGCUGUACAUGAAAGGGAAUAGCUUCUGAUUUUUUGGAAUAGGUUGUUGGUGUAAGAUUUUUGGGCAUGGUUUAGUUUGAGAUAUUUGAAGAUGGCUUCAAGGAAAUGAGUUAACAAGUUAAGGUCUACAGUAUCAAUUCCUUUGGUUCACUCAACCCCUACCAUAUUCUUAAAUGAGUUCGUCGAUGAAUCGCAAGAACUUAGAUGCAUCCAAUGGGUUUUACUGUAAGUCGACGCAGUGCUAUCCUCAAGAUUCUGAGGGUUUCGACCAGCACCCAUCCUUUAAUGACAUCACCCAAAUAAACAGCUUGCCAGUUCAAAGUUCACCCUCUACCAUCAGUUUUUCACCUAAUGGUAGCCCUAUUUCUCAGCUAGAUUCUCAAUCUAACCCAUCCGACUCACGUCAUUCCCCAGAUAACACCUACGGUUCUCAUAUCAGUGUAUCUUCAGUUACUGAUGAUGUUGAUGAUUUAAGGAACACAUUGAGAGAAUGGGAAUCUAUGAUGCUUGAACCUGAUCCAGAUAUGGCGGAUAGCUACGGGAGCACAAUCCACGGUGACAAAAAUCAAGCUUCGGUGGAGCACCAGAAAUUGAAAGAUAUGACAGAGGCGAUCCAAAGAGGAGAUUUGAAACAAGUUCUUGUAGGCUGUGCCAACGCCAUAUCAGAAAACGAUAUGCCAACAACAGAAUGGUUGAUAGCUGAGUUAAGGCAGAUGGUUUCAGUCUGUGGGGAUCCCGUCCAGAGGUUGGGUGCUUAUAUGUUGGAAGGGCUUGUGGCCAAGCUGGCUUCUUCAGGGAGUUCCAUAUACAAAGCAUUAAGAUGUAAAGAACCUGCCAGUGCCGAACUCCUCUCUCAUAUGCAUUCCCUAUAUGAAGCAUGCCCAUAUUUCAAGUUUGGGUACAUGUCUGCUAAUGGUGCCAUUGCAGAUGCCCUGAAAGAUGAAAACCGAAUUCACAUCAUUGAUUUCCAGAUUUCCCAAGGAACUCAGUGGCUCUCUCUAAUCAAAGCUCUAGCGAGUCGCACUGGUGGCCCCCCACAUAUACGUAUCACUGGUAUCGAUGAUUCUGUAUCAGCUUACGCCAGGAAUGGAGGGCUUCAACUUGUUGGGCAGAGGUUAUCUCACUUCGCUAAGUCAUGCAAUGUGCCUUUUGACUUCCAUGCUGGAGCUAUGUUUGGUAGCAAUGCAGAGCUGGAAAAUCUUACUCUGAGACCAGGGGAAGCUCUGGCAGUGAAUUUCCCACUCAUGUUGCACCACAUGCCAGAUGAGAGUGUAAGCACUCAUAAUCAUCGAGAUCGACUAUUAAGACUUGUCAAGAGCUUGUCACCCAAGGUGGUAACCCUAGUCGAGCAAGAAGCUAAUACUAAUACAGCCCCAUUUGUUCAACGGUUCAUUGAGACGUUGAACUAUUACACAGCUAUUUUUGAGUCGAUUGACGUAAAGCUUCCUAGGGAGGAUAAGGAACGGAUCAAUGUCGAGCAACAUUGCCUAGCCAGGGAUGUGGUCAAUAUCAUAGCAUGUGAAGGGGUCGAGAGGGUCGAACGUCAUGAACUUCUGGGCAAGUGGAAGUCCCGAUUUAUGAUGGCUGGGUUUACUCCGUACCCGUUGAGUCCAGUUUUCAAUGCCACCAUUAAGGCUGUGUUAGAGAACUACAACGAGAAAUAUACACUUGAAGAGAAAGAUGGGGCUCUUUAUCUUGGCUGGAAGAACAAAGCCUUGGUAGCCUCUUGUGCAUGGCAAUGAAAAUACAUAUUCCAAUUAAUGUUCCCUCUCCAGGUUCUUGAGCUCAGUAGAGAGUGAACAGAUUGUAGUACUGAAUUUGCUUUAGCUUUCGUUCUUUUCAGCAAGUAUGCAUUGUAAGUCGGCAUAAAGAAAAUGUUACCAGUGUAAUAAUCAAAAGUAGUUAAAUGAGAAUGAGUUUCAUUUGAAUUUUU